GUAAUAAUUCUUGUAAUUAAAGUUAUGCAAAUUAACUGGAUAACCUUCGCUAGUGUUAUUCUCCUCUGAUGCAAGAUAAGUAAGAAUAAAUAGAGAAACAAGGCUUGAAAUUCAUCAAGUUCUGCAUUGGUCCUUCGGCCAGAAUCAUCUCGCGUAACCGUCAAAAUGAUCAAAAUGUGUCCAAACUUUCACCAUAUUUUCGGUGUGGUGUUAUUGUUUACGUCAACAAAAAUCACUGAGAUGAAAAGUGAACAGAUUGUAGCGAAAGAUAUGAAUUUUAAAUUACCUAGUGGCGAUUUGAUGCCUAUGGUUGGAUUUGGAACUUAUCAAGUACGUGGAGCAGAUUUGAUUAAAAGUGUUCUGGAUAAUGCACUUGCUGCAGGAUACCGUCUUAUAGAUUCUGCUGCAGUCUAUGGAAAUGAAAAAGACAUCGGCGUUGCAUUGAAAGAACUCUUGCCAAAGUAUAAUUUGACAAGAAAAGACAUAUUUAUCACCACAAAACUUGCACCUCAUGACCAGGGGGAUGAAAAAGCCUAUAAAGCACUAGAAACAUCACUGAAAAAUUUAGAUUGUGAAUAUAUUGACCUCUACCUCAUUCACUGGCCUGGUGUUCAUGGUAUCAACUCUUCAUCUGAAGAAAACAAAAUACUGAGACAGCAAAGCUGGAAUCAGAUGGUCAAAGGGGUCAAGAAUCGAUUGACUAGAAAUAUUGGAGUGUCCAAUUAUAAUGUAGGGCAUAUGAAAGAGCUCUUAGCCAAUAAUGGAGGAGUUAAACCAGCUGUAAAUCAGGUUGAAUGGCACCCACAUUGUCAUCAGCCAGAAUUACUGGAUUUGUGUAAAAAGGAAGGUGUUCUUCUUCAAGCUUAUUCAUCAUUGGGAGGAACUGGUAAUAAUGACUUACUAACAGAUCAGCGAGUUAAAAAGAUUGCAGACAAGUUGGGAAAAACUCCUGCACAGGGACUAGUGAAAUGGUAACACUUUACUCAAUACUACCAGCAAUUUGGAGAAAGAUGAGUGACAAUGUUACCCUUUUCAUCCUCUGUAUGACAAUGACUGCACAACUCUGGGGCCGAAUUGUAGAGCACUUGGUUAUAGUUUUCUUAAUUCUCAAUAUUCUGGACAGAUGAAGAUAAAGGAUCCAGAAAUUCUUGUCUAUCGGACGAAUACUGAUUUUUAGAUACGAAAAAAUUGAGCGAUUUUUUGACUUUUCAGGUUCUUCUACGAUGGGCUCUCCAACAAAACGUUGCGAUCAUUCCUAAAGCUAGAUCCAAAAAACACAUUGACGAAAAUAUCGACUUAAAUUUCGUGAUACCUGAUGAAGACCUGAAAAUUUUGAGCAGCUUUGAACAAACCAGAUAUGCCUGGGACCCUAAUACUAUUGCCUAGACACUCCAAAUACGUAUUACCUAGUUUGUAAGGCUAUAUCUAUUUGCUUGUCUGUUUGUUGCAAUAUCAGUAUGAAUAGUGAUAAGAAUUUCUACAACACAGUAGCACAAGUAUGCUUCAAACAUUUUAAGACAUUACCUAAGACUGGGAAGCCCAAUAAUACAGAGUGGACAAUUUUAUCUUGUAUUGUGUUGGAAAAUGGUGGGUCAUUUGAGGUUGUGGCUUUAGGAACAGGCACCAAAUGUAUUGGGAAAGAUAAAAUGUUGGAAACAGGAGAUAUUUUGAAUGAUUCUCAUGCUGAAGUUAUAUGUAGAAGGGCCUUUAUAAGAUAUAUAUUUCACCAAAUGAAGAAAGACGACAGUCCUCUCUUGAUUUUUGAUACCCAAUCCAAAAAGUUCACUCUAAAACCGAACACAAAAUUCCACUUCUUCACAACACACGUUCCAUGUGGUGAUGCUGCCAUAUUUCCAAGGCAAGAUGCCGAGGAUUUUGGAGACCUGAUUCCACAAAAAGACAAUGAAACCCUUUCAGAAUCGACAAAAAGCGGUGCUGCUUCAGGAACUCUUGUGGAAAGCAGUGAAAUACCUUUGAAGAGAAGAAAAAUUAAUGCAAAUGAUUACGGACUCUCUGAUUCCAGAAAACUGGAUAUCCAUCGAACUGGAGCAAAAUGCUUGGCAACUGAUAAAAAACAGGAUUCAAAAUUGCCGGGUCCUGCUUAUCAUACACUGGGUUGUGUCAGAACUAAACCAGGAAGAGGUGUACCAACUCUUUCGGUUUCCUGUAGUGACAAACUGUCCAAAUGGUGUCAUCUAGGUGUACAAGGCGCGUUCCUGUCCCUUUUGCUAGAAGCUCCUCUAUACCUGUCCAGUUUUACGAUCGCCGGGAAAACACCUUUUUGCAUUGAGGCAUUACAAAGAGCCUUGUUUGGUCGUCUGGGAGAAGUAACAGUAGAACUCCCGUAUGCACGGCAUACUUUGUUCAUUGGACAAAGUGAUAUGGAAUUUGAGUUCUCUAAAAGAGAUGAUAGGAAACCCUGUUCCAGUUGCAUUAUCUGGUGCAGAGUUCCAUCACAAAGCUUAGAGGUAGCAGUGGAUGGAAAAAGGCAAGGAGUUGUUAAGAAAAAACAAAACACUAGUGUGGCGCGGUUAAAAAUAUGCAAGCUGGAACUGUUUAAGCUCUUCAAGGAAGUAUGUGAUGCCAGAAACAUCAUACAGGAAAAAGAUGAUGCUUCAUACGAUGACUUUAAGCAACUUUCUACGGGUUAUCAGAGAGCAUGGGACUGUCUUAGGAAAUGUUUUAGAACGUGGACUGUGAAAGAUAAGGGUUUAUUAAAAUUUAAUUUUCGAUAACUUUCCCUUUUUAUUUCUAUGUUCUCCCAAAUAAAGGUUCCAUCAUCAAG